AUGACUGAACCAGUUGUCACAAGCGAGAAUGCGUCUAAAUUCACUGAACAUGUUGCUGAUACUGUGUCAAACAAGGAAGGUGACCAAAAGUCUAAUGACUUGGAGGAAAGUCGCAAACAUAAAGAGGAGAGAAAGAAACGAAAGCUGGAAAAGAAAAUGCGGAAGGAGGAAAAACGUAAAAAGAAGGAAGAGAGACGUAGACGUCGAGAAGAAAAGAAUUCCGUGAAAUCUAAGGAUAGCAUGAACAACCAUAAACCUUCUUCUAACAGGGAUGGGCUCUUGAAGCAUGCAGAUGGUUUCCAGCCCCCCGUUAAGAAACCCAAGUUAGCAAAAGUGGAAUCCGAAGAAGAAAAUACCGAAACCCCCGCAAAUGGCACUGUUCGAAAAGCUCCUAUAUCACUUGAAGAACUUAUUCAGAAGAAAGAAGCUGCUGAUGCAGAGCUAGCUAAGCCAAAGUUUAUCUCGAGAGAAGAAAGAGAAAAAAUUGCGUUGCAGAAAAGAGAAGAAGCCAUUCGGAAGCAGAGGAUGCGUGUUGCGGAAGAACUGAGCAAACAAAUUGAAUACUUAUCCAAAAAUCGAGAUGACCCAAAGGCUGACGGCGCCUCCUCACGUUAUGAUCGCAACUCCUAUCGAUCGAGAAGGCGAGACGAAUUGGAUAGACGAUAUCCGGAGAAGAAUCGUGAAAAGCGAAGCGAGGGCACGGGUGCAUCCCACGGUGCGGUGUCUGAUAAAGCCCGUGAAGAGGAGGCCAUAAAAGAGCGCUAUUUGGGUCAGAAGCGUCUCACUAAGCGCCGACAAAGGCGUCUUAACGAGCGCAAGUUUGUCUUCGAUUGGGACGCAAAUGAAGACACCAGUCAGGACUACAACCCCCUGUACAAAGACAAACACCAGAUCCAAUUUUUUGGAAGGGGCCACAUCGGUGGCAUCGACAUUAAGCAACAAAAACGUGAAAUUGGCAAGUUUUAUUCGAAAAUGCUUGAAAGUCGGCGAUCCGAUACACAAAAAGAACAGGAAAAUAAACGCCUUAGCGGAUUGGCCAAACGCGAAGCCAAAGAGAAGUGGGAUGAUCGGCAUUGGUCUGAAAAGUCACUUUCCGAAAUGACCUACCGUGAUUGGCGCAUAUUCCGUGAAGACUAUAAUAUCUCCACAAAAGGCGGUAAUCUUCCCAACCCCAUUAGAUCGUGGAAGGAAUCCUCUAUCCACAAGGACCUCCUCGAAAUCAUCUAUAAGGUCGGUUACAGUGAGCCCACCGCUAUUCAACGUCAAGCAAUACCAAUUGGCCUUCAAAAUCGCGAUAUCAUCGGCAUUGCUGAGACCGGCUCGGGCAAGACCCUUGCCUUCUUGGUGCCUCUCUUGACGUGGAUUCAAACCCUACCAAAACUAGUUCGCAUGGAGGAUACAGAACAGGGACCCUACGCUCUCAUUAUGGCGCCUUCGCGUGAAUUGGCCCAGCAAAUUGAAGAGGAGACGGUUAAGUUUGGAGCUCCACUUGGAAUUAAGACGGUCGCUGUGAUUGGUGGCAUCUCCAAGGAGGAUCAGGCCCUCAAGUUGAGAAUGGGCGCGGAAAUUGUCAUUGGAACGCCUGGCCGACUGGUUGAUGUCCUUGAAAGUCGCUACAUCGUGCUGAAUCAGUGUACCUACGUCGUUCUAGAUGAGGCUGACAAAAUGAUCGACAUGGGUUUCGAGCCGCACGUGAACAACAUCCUGAGCUACCUUCCAGUGACCAAUCAGAAGCCGGACACGGAAGAGGCCGAACAGGACGACAAGUUGUUGGCGAACUUCUCCACCAAGCAGAAGUACCGUCAAACAGUCAUGUUCACGGCGACCAUGCCACCGGCCGUCGAACGACUGGCUCGCUCCUACCUUCGUCGUCCCGCCACUGUCUACGUCGGCACCGCUGGCAAACCCACCGACCGCGUCGAGCAGAUUGUCUACAUGGUGCAGGAGAACGACAAACGCAAGAAGCUGCUGCAGAUCCUGAACGAGGGCAUCGAGCCACCGGUGAUAAUUUUCGUGAACCAGAAGAAGGGCGCCGACGUCCUGGCCAAGGGUCUGGACAAGCUGGGUCAUUCGGCCGUGGUUUUGCACGGUGGCAAGGGCCAAGAACACCGAGAGUACGCUCUGGCCAGUCUCAAGUCCGGCCAGAAGGAGAUCCUGGUCGCGACCGACGUGGCCGGUCGCGGUAUCGACAUCAAGGACGUCUCCAUGGUGGUGAACUACGACAUGGCCAAGACCAUCGACGACUACGUCCACCGGAUUGGUCGAACGGGUCGCGCGGGCAAGUCGGGCGUUGCGAUAACCUUCCUAACGAGGGACGACACUGGCGUCUACUACGACCUCAAGCAGCUGCUCCUCGCGUCUCCGGUGUCCUCGUGUCCGGCUGAACUGGCCAAUCACCCGGACGCCCAGACGCGGCCCGGCACGUACGCUGCGAAGAAGCGUCGACACGACGAGACUGUGUACAUCGCCUAA